UUAGAGGUUGACUUUAGCAGAUGAGGGAUUUUGCAGGGAGAGGACAGAGAGAGCAGUCUGAUUUUGGGACACGGCACACAGUCUUGGACAUGAUUACACAGUGAUCUCAGGCAGAUUGUCAUCGUACCGUAUUUGGACAGAAUAAUUUGUGACAUGAUGGCACAGGUUCUUCACAUGGAAAGCCACUUCCCAGGAAAAUCUGGACCUUCGUCAUUGAUGAAAGACCCAGAUGUCCCUUACUCUGUGGAGACCCCUUACGGUUACAGAUUAGAUUUGGAUUUCCUUAAGUAUGUGGAUGAUAUUGAGAAAGGUCACACUAUUAAACGAGUGCCGGUUCACCGCAGACCUCGGUAUGGAUCAUUACCGCGUGGGCCUGGUUACACCGGGUCUUGGUGGACAUCUACCGAGUCCCUGUGCUCCAAUGCCAGUAAUGACAGCCGACACUCUUCUUAUUCCUAUUGUGGGAGAAGCUUCUACCCAGCCUAUGAGGUGCGGGGGGCAACCCAGGCUCCCCACAAUUUCAACCCCAGGGUAGAGAGAACACUGAUGGAUGCCAGUAAAAAGCUGGAGGCUGGACAAUCCCGUCCACUCAGUCUGGGCUGCCGUUCUUCCAGCUCUGCUUCCACUCCAUCUCUUUCUCGCUUACCCUCAUCUUCGUCUUGUCAACAGCUCUCGUCGUUUACUCCACUAAGUUCUGGGAUGUCAACUCCUGUGUCUCCUACACCAGUCCACCUCCAGCAUGUGCGUGAGCAGAUGGCAGUCGCCCUCAAGAGACUGCGUCAGCUAGAGGAGCAGGUCAAGAUGAUCCCAGUUCUACAAGUGAAAAUAUCAGUCCUGCAGGAGGAGAAACGACAGCUCAGUGUCCAACUCAAGAGCCAGAAAUACCUGGGCCAUCCAGGAGGAAGCUCCAGGAACAAGGCAAGAGGGGAGCUGUACAUCGAAAUCCCAGAGGAAGAGUCAAAGGAUGGGAGAGAGGAGAAUGAGCAUAGAGAUAAUUCUAAACUAGGGAUUGGAGAACUUCAGAGAGAAGCGGCAGUAAACAAGGUAGAAUCAAAAGAUGAAAUGAACAAAGAAUAUUUGGCACCCAGGAAAGCAACAUGCAGUGUUGGAGUGUGGGUGAGAGAGACAGACCUCAUCCCUGUUACUUUGAGGCAACCAGAGGUGGACAAACAGAAGCUUCUUCUCCAAGCAUUGUCUGCCAAAGUAGCAGUUUUGGAAAAGCAGCUUGCCCGAGCUUUGGCAGAAGUUCAGAAUGCCAACCGGAAGCUGGAAGAAGCGGAAAAAGCAGGAAAAGCAGAAGUGGUGGAAAGGAAAGAGAAAAAGGAGGACGUGCGAGCGGAUGCAGUCAAGGUGGCCAGGGUGGAGAGAGGAAGCGAGGUAGUUUCUAGCACCAAAGUGGGUCCUGGUGUACAGCCGCAAAGAGCCAGAGGCCUGGAAGCCAGGGCUGGAGGAGGCGUUACUAAACCAAGAGAAGGGGAAGAGGAGCGAGUCUACAGGAGCAGGGAGGUGCUUGAAAAGCCAUUCCUUACAUCAGUUGGGCCAGCUGUCACCAUCCACAUGGUCAAGAAAAUAAGCAUCACCGGUCAGAAUGCAAAUGAUUGCGAAAAGAGAGACAGAGGAGAGGAUCUGACCACAUCCUUAACAGUGUCCCAGGAAGCCUCUCGAGACAUAGAUCACACGGGAGACCCAACGGCAAGAAAUGAAGGAUCCAGCACCGGUACUUUGAAGGAGCAAACGAAUGUCAGCAAAGGAAACUAUGAAGUAGAACAAGAUACAAAACCUGUUCCGUUUACGGGAGUCAAUGGAGAAAUGGAUUCUGCAUCAUCAGAGGAUUCUGGCACCAUGGAAAAUCCGUCAGACAGUGAGAGCACAGAGAGUGAAUACCACGAAGCCAGUGAGGGGCUGACAGGGCCGCAAACCGAGGUUCACUUGCAUGUUGCCCCCAGUGUCCUGACUCCAAAAGAUACCGAGAAAGAAAAGACAGAGUCACUUGUAGUUAUCUUGUCACCUACAAAACCUACACCGAGGGUAGAACUGAGUAACAUUCUGAUCUCUGGCUGUGUAGCCCUUCAGAAGUCUUUAGAUGACCCUACCACUCUUACAGACACAGAGAAGACAGCCGCACGUGCAGCCGUACUGCAAGAAUGGAUGAAGAUUCUGCGCCAGAAAGAAGUAGAUCCAGCAAUCAUUCGCCAUCACUUAACCGUCUUCCGAGCCAUGUCUCAGCAACUAUUGGAGUCCAUUGUCAAUAUGGCAGAUCCAAAGGGAAACACGGCCGUCCACUACGCAGUGUCUCAGUCUAACUUCACCGUGGUCAGACAGCUUCUGGAGACCGGCUUGUGUGAUGUGAACAGACAGAAUAAGGCCGGCUUCACUCCACUCAUGCUCACAGCUCUGGCAGCUUUUCGUUCUGAUGAGGAUAUCGAGACAGUCAAACAGAUACUGCACCUGGGAGAUGUCAACUGCAGAGCAAGUCAGGCUGGGCAGACGGCAUUGAUGCUUGCAGUCAGUCAUGGAAGAUUGGACGUUGUGCGAGCUUUGCUGGACUGUGGAGCAGAUGUAAAUGUACAAGAUCAUGAUGGCUCCACUGCGCUCAUGUGUGCCUGCGAACAUGGACACGCAGAUAUCGUCAGCCUGCUCCUGGCAGUGCCAAACUGUGACAUGGCACUCACUGAUAAUGAUGGGAGCACUGCACUGUCCAUUGCACUGGAGGCUGGGCAGAAUGAUAUAGCUAUGUUACUAUACGCACAUAAUUCAAAGAUUGGCAACCCGGGUGAUUCAAGCAAUCCUAAAGAACUGGAUACGGACCCAUCCAAUCAAUCUCAGUAACAGAAGGAAUUUCGUGUGCAUUUCACCCAAAUCAAACCCCAGUCUUUCGUCAUGUUGUGGGGAGUGUAUGCAUGCCGUCCAGUUGUAAGGCUGACUGUGGAGCACUGCAUUGCAAAACCACUAGGAUUACCGGCCAGCUUCAGCACAAUGGAGAGAGGGAAUGAGGACACGAGUUACAGGACGGGGUGGGCGAUGGGGACUGAAACAGGAGAGCAAAUAACAAAGUGAAAAUACACGUUAUCAAUGCUAGAUCCUAUACAAGUGGGAUAGAGGGUGAGAGCUGUGAGUUCAACAUAGAAUAUAUAUGGCCCAUAGUUCAUAAUAAAUGAGACACAGUAGAUGGUAAAAUAUAUAUAUUUUUUUAAAAACGGAAAUGGUGAGAAUCCCAUGUGAUGUGUGAAGGGAGAUUAGGAUAGUGGGAGAGAUUAUGUGUUGAAGAAAGAGAAGCCAAGUUUAUGUAAAUGCUCAGGUUAUACGAACAAAGGUUCCCCAAAAAUCAUUUUGGGGGAAAGUUGGAGUACUGGGAAUUUCAGAAAGAAAGACGGAGAGUUUAAAGAAAAUUGAGAGUAGGUCGGGGGGAAUGGAAGUGAAAAGUGGGGAGAAAGUUGAGAGUAGGGGACAGGAUUUAGGAUGAAAGAAAUCCCAAGAGCUGGGGUUAAAGUGGAGAUAGACUGAGCUCAGGGGAAGGUAGAAUUAAAGAAUUAAAGCCUGAAGAAAGGUAAGGUGAGCAAGUUGUGAAUCAGUGGGAAAAGUGGAGAUUGGAAGCUAUGGAAAAGCGAAAAUGGAUGGACUGCAGACGGUGCAGAUGAAGACUGAAACUUAAUGUUUAAUGGAAAAUAAUUAACAGGUAUUGCACUCAAUCCACAAGCCAAUUAGGUGCCUAACUAGACCAUGGGCCAACACUAGACCAUCAGGACAUAAAUACCAGUCGAAGAAAGAAGGUCCAUGCACUCCUAUGCUUAAAGGCAGCAGAACACAACAACAUUUUGACCCACAAUCGGGUCGUUGUCAAGCUUUGUCAGCCCAAUUUGGGGUUGAAAUGUUAAUGUGUCCUGCAGGGUCCAAUAAAUGUGCUUUUAAGCAUUGGAGUUCUUGGACCUUCUUUAUUCAACUGGUAUUAAUGGAAAUUGUGAAAUACAAGAAAUAUAAUAGAAAGGAAAACGAAGGUGGGUUGGUAAAUUCAGAAUGACACAUUGUGGUAUCACAGAUAAAGAGCCCUCGGGGAACAGUCUGAUGUCCUCUCCCUCUCUUCCAUACACCAGCCAAUUAAGCUCAUUUCAUAUGAUUCUGCAAUAAUAUUUCUGAAUAUCGGUUGUAAUACAGGCACUGCAAUAUAUAUAUUUUUGUUAUCCAUUAUUAUAUGUUAAAAUGAAUUGUCUGACAAUCUGUAUUUUAAGAAUUGUAUCACUAUAAAAUAUAUGUAUGUAUACAGAUAGAUAGCUAUAUAAAUCUAUGGCGUGUCUUUCUUUCUAUACUGAAGAACAAAUACGAUGUGCUGAAACGUGAUGUCAUCACAAGGUGCAGACUCCUCACUCAUCAGGAAGAGACUCUUAUCCCAUAAAUCUCUGCAGGACAGAUGUUUGUGGGAUAUGUUUUUUAUACCCAAAGAGCAGGUCCAUUUAUCAAGA